AGCCUUUGAAACACAGCGAAGUUCAGCUUUCAGAGGAAAAACAACUGUAAGGACAAGUGUACUGCUGAUAUAACACGAACAAGAGGUCUCAUGGAUCCAUGUGGCUCCUCCUCUUUGUGCUGCUGAGUAAAAAGCAGCGCAGAGCGAGGCAGAGUGACAGCAAACACAGACGAGGACAGAAGCAAACCUGCGGAGAACAGAAGAAGAAGGAGAGAUACAACUACAGUAAACAACCUGAGGGAUCUUAUUGUGAUGUUUGUGAGUAAAGACUGUCACUCUGGAGAAGACUUUACACCUUGAAGAGUGAAACCAUGGAACCUUUAAGUUUUAAAGUCAAGUUCAUUCUUCACAAAUGUUGCUAUGCGUUAAAGUUAGUUGAGUGAACAUUUAAUUGAUAAAAAUGGUUGAACCUGUGGGGUUUGUGGAGGCAUGGAGAGCCCAGUUCCCAGAGUCUGACCCCCCAUGCAUGGAUCUGAACUCAAUGGGGGACAUUGAACAGGAGCUGGACAAAUGCAAGACGUCCAUCAGGCAGCUGGAGAAGGAAGUGAACAAGGAGCGCUUUCGGAUGAUCUACCUGCAGACUCUUCUGGCAAAAGAGAGGAAGUCUUAUGAUGGGCAGAGGUGGGGGUUUAAAGGGACAGCCCAGAGGACAGAGGGAGAUCUGCACUGUGGUCCAGACAACCAGAGAUCCCACGCAGAUGAGGAGGAGGAGCAGCAGCAGCAGCAGAGAGGACAUGUGAAGACAGUGAGGUGUAAACAACACCCAGAAGGAGAGGUGUAUGGUGCUUCCCCUGCCAAACAGAAGGGUGAGGUGUCACCGGUCGGCCAUGAGUCAGAUACGCCUGAUUUCCCAGUGGGCACAGGCUCGGUGGCAGCUCUGAGGUCCAACUUUGAGCGCAUAAGGAGAGCCAACUCUCACACUGAUGGCGAGGGCAGAGGGUUGCCGACGGUGGGCGGCCAGGAGAAGCCCUUCUACGCCAACAUGGAGUACCAUCACGAGCGAGGGCUGGUCAAAGUUAAUGACAGAGAGGUCUCGGACAAGAUCAGUACCCUGGGCUGUCAGGCCAUGCAGAUAGAGCGUAAAAGGUCCUUGCACUCCCUCCCAGGGAACCUGUCAACUGCCACAGGAGACGUCAGCAAAGCUGUUCAGAGAGGCAGAUCCAUUGAGGGGAAGUGUAGCCAUAACGGAUCAUAUGAAUAUGCAGAGGUCAACCCACACUUCCUGAAGAGCAGUGUGAUCCCGGCCACUGGGGGAAAGUCUGAGCGACAGCCGCCUGAUUGCCAGCCAUACACGAGUGUGUAUGUUGGAGGAAUGAUGGCUGAAGGGGACACCCGGGUCAUCCACAUCAGGGACCACAGCAUUGACGAGGACGAGCACCUGACCUGGCCCAGGCGCUCAUACUCUCCUGGCAGUUUUGAUGACAUAGGAGGAGGCUACACACCCGACUGCAGCUCCAACGAGAACUUGACAUCCAGCGAAGAGGACUUCUCCUCAGGCCAGUCCAGCCAUGUGUCCCCCAGUCCCACUACCUAUCAGCUGUACAGGGAGAAGAGCCGCUCGCCUUCCCAGAAGUCCUUUGACAGCAGCAGCCCCCCCACACCUCUCUCUCAGAAGCAUCUGAAGGAGCAUGCGAUGAUGGGGUCCGAGGUCAUCGGGGGCCGUAAAACAGGCCAGGUGUGGCCCAGUGAUGGGGACUCCACCACAUCCAGCAGGACCUCCCAUGACAACAGUCUUCAAGGAGAUCUGGAGGCUUCCUACAACGAGACCCCUCUGUCAUAUAGAUAUGACCUGGAGCAGUCAGAGGAGCAUCAGCCUCGCCACGACCCUCUGUCCUACACUGGAUCUCCGUCCUCCUCUCCACGGCUCCGCUCCAAAAGCCGGAGUAGCCGAGACACCCAGUCCUCAGGCUCUCUGGAAUCCACACUGUCGGUGGACUUGGAUCAGGAGAAGGGACUGGAGAUGAGAAAGUGGGUUUUGUCAGGAAUCCUGGCCAGUGAGGAGACCUACCUCGGCCACCUGGAGGCCCUACUCAUACCCAUGAAGCCUCUGAAGGCUGCUGCCACAACCUCCCAACCAAUGUUGACCAUUCAGCAGAUAGAGACCAUCUUCUUCAAAGUACCAGAGCUUCAUGAGAUCCACAAGGACUUCUACGACGCCCUGCUACCCCGAGUACAGCAAUGGAGCCACCAGCAGUGUGUGGGCGACCUCUUCCAGAAACUGGCCAGCCAGCUCGGAGUGUACCGGGCCUUUGUGGAUAACUACAAGGUUGCUGUGGAGACGGCGGACAAGUGUUGCCAGGCUAACGCUCAGUUUGCACAGAUAUCUGAGAAUCUUAAGGUCAAAAGCACAAAGGACUGCAAAGAGCAGCCAGCUAAAAAUUCACUGGAAACCCUUCUCUACAAACCCGUGGACCGAGUGAUGCGCAGCACACUUGUUCUGCAUGACCUUCUGAAGCACACACCCUCCAGCCACCCAGAUUAUCCACUGCUACAGGACGCCCUGCGCAUCUCACAGAACUUCCUGUCUAGUAUUAAUGAAGAGAUCACGCCACGCAGGCAGUCCAUGACAGUAAAGAAAGGAGAGAACCGUCAGCUGCUGAGGGAUUGCUUCAUGGUGGAGCUGGUCGAGGGUUCCAGGAAGCUCCGUCACGUCUUCCUCUUCACCGACCUGCUGCUCUGCACCAAGCUGAAGAAACAGGCGGCAGGGAAAGGGCAACAGUAUGACUGUAAGUGGUACAUCCCACUGGCUGACCUGACCUUCCAGACCAUCGAGGACUGUGAGUCCAGCCCCAUCCCUCUGGUGCAGGAUGAGGAAAUCGAUGCCAUGAAGAUAAAAAUUUCCCAGAUCAAGAAUGAGAUCCAAAGGGAAAAGAGAACCACCAAGGGCCCCAAGGUGAUUGAGCGUCUGAGGAAGAAGUUGUCAGAACAAGAGUCUCUGCUGCUUCUCAUGUCCCCCAACAUGGCGUUUAGAGUGGCCAACAGAAAUGGAAAAGGUUUCACAUUUCUGAUCUCGUCCGACUAUGAGCGUGCUGAGUGGAGGGAGAUCAUUCGUGAGCAGCAGAAAAAGUGUUUUAAAAGCUUCUCUCUGACCUCUCUGGAGCUGCAGAUGCUCACUAACUCAUGUGUGAAGCUCCAGACUGUUCACACUAUUCCAAUGAGCGUGAAUAAGGAAGAUGAUGAAUCUCCUGGUUUGUAUGGCUUCCUGAAUGUCAUUGUCCACUCUGCAUCUGGCCUCAAAAAGAGCUUAAACCUUUAUUGCUCUCUGGAGGUGGAUUCAUUCGGCUACUUUGUCAACAAAGCCAAAACACGAGUGCAUAGAGACUCGACAGAGCCCAACUGGAAUGAGGAGUUUGAGAUUGAACUGGAGGGCUCUCAGACUCUGAGGCUGCUCUGCUACGAGAAGUGCUGCAACAAAACCAAGCAGAGCAAAGAAGAUGGAGAGAUCACGGACAAGAUCAUGGUCAAAGGACAGAUAAAGUUGGAUCCGCAGACUUUGCAAAAUAAAGACUGGCAGAGGACGGUCAUCGCCAUGAACGGGAUUGAGGUGAAGCUCUCGAUGAAGUUCGCCAGCAGAGAGUUCAGUUUGAAGAGGAUGCCUUCACGCAAACAAUCCGGUGUCUUUGGUGUGAAAAUCAAUGUAGUGACCAAACGAGAGCGCUCCAAAGUUCCCCUCAUCGUCAGACAGUGUGUGGAGGAGAUCGAGCGACGAGGGAUGGAGGAGGUCGGAAUCUACAGAGUGUCGGGCGUCGCGACUGACAUCCAGGCUCUGAAGGCUGCGUUUGAUUCUAACAACAGGGACGUGUCCGUCAUGAUGAGGGAGAUGGACGUAAACGCCAUCGCUGGAACACUCAAGCUGUAUUUCCGUGAGCUGCCGGAGCCUCUUUUCACCGAUGAGCUGUACCCCAACUUCGCUGGAGGCAUUGCUUUGUCUGACUGUGUAGCCAAGGAAAGCUGCAUGCUCAACCUGCUGAUGUCUCUCCCAGAACCCAAUCUGGUCACGUUCUUCUUCCUGCUGGACCACCUGAAAAGGGUGACUGAGAACGAGGGCAUUAACAAGAUGUCUUUGCACAACCUGGCCACAGUUUUUGGUCCCACUUUGCUGCGGCCGUCUGAAAAAGACAGCAAGAUCUCAAACAGCUCGCAGCCGAUCUCCAUGAACGACAGCUGGUCUCUCGAGGUCAUGACUCAGGUUCAAGUCCUUCUCUACUUCCUUCAGCUGGAGAGCCUCCCAACACCUGACAGCAAACGCCAGAGUCUUCUCUUCUCCUCUGAAGUAUAACAGGAACAUUUGUUUAUAAAUGUCUCAUUCAGGGGAAACACUGUCAGCUGGGCCACUAAGAAGAUAUUUGACUUAGGCAGCAGGGGGCGCCAGCAACACACUCUAAACUGGAAACAGCCACCACAACUAAAACUUAGCAUGUUUAUUGAACUGCUGUGUCAGUAAAAGACAUCUCUCUAUGAUAUAUGGACAAUGUAUCCUGUAUUUUCUUUAUUUUAUUUCACUGUGCUGUACUUUAUAAUUUCCCCCUGCCCUAUUCUGUCAUGUCUGCUGUUGUUGGAUUCUAGAGCUGCAACAAUUGAUCAGUUACUAAAUUAAUAUUCAACUAUUUUGAUAACUGAUUCAUCCUUUCUAAAACAAGCACUCUGAGUCUUCAGCUUCUUAAAUGUGAAUGUUUUCUGCUUUCUUACUCCGUGGAACAAA